AUGACACUCAAAUCUAUACCCAUCUUCUCUAAGGACUUCGCUUCCAGUGUAUGGUGCCUCCGUGAGGUUGCGCAUAUGGUAGAUUGCACCUCAAAGUCGAAUGGGAAGAAAGAGAUCCUCCCCCUUUUCUUUGAUGUGAAGCCGGAUGAUGUCAAGCUCAGAACUGAAUUGUACAGUAAUGCCUUGUUUGAGCAUGAGAAGAAGUAUGAACCCGAUGAGGUGAAGCGCUGGAAGGCUGCUCUUCGUGAGCUGAAGGUGAAGAGCAGAGAUCUUCCCUACCAUCUAGUUGAAGUGGAUGAUCAAAAAGAUAUAGAAAAAUUGUUGGAUGUCGACUCUGAUGGCAUACGUUUUGUUAUUAUCCAUGGGACAGGUGGAAUUGGUAAAUCAACUCUUGCUAAGGUUAUCUUCAACCGAUUCUUGCCUGAAUUCGAAUACUCUAGUUUCCUUGAAGUUGUCCAACAUCAAGAUCUUUUACAAGUGCAAAAGAAACUCUUAUCCGACACAUUGGACUUGACCUCUGUUGACGGAAUCCAUGACACCCACAACAGGAUCCAUCGCAUAAGAAAUGGACUCAGCGACAAGAAAGUUCUGGUUGUUGUCGAUAAUGUGGAAGAGAAGAGGCAACUCGAGAGCCUCGCAAGUAGCUGCGAUUGGUUUGGUUCCGGAAGUAGGAUCAUGGUCACAGUUAGGGACAUACGCGUAGUACUAAAUGAGGACAAACAAAUGCGACCUGGCAAUUACUUGGCCCAUUCAGUAAAUGAGAUGCCUUUGUAUUGA